AUGCACAAUCAACCACCCACACUUCCUUCUAUUAACACUGUCGGGAACGGCAUCGAAUAUGGAGACAUAGCUCGCAUUAAGCAAGAAAAAGAUGUCGUCGCCCCCCCUUUACCACCAAUUCAGGCACUGAACGACAACAGUAAUAACAAUAACUCUAGAAUGUCCAUAAAUCAAUUGUGCAACGACCCUGACGAAGAAAUGAAAAAAGCUGCCGCCGUAUUAGAGAAUAUGAAACAAACUGCUCUCCCACCAAUUGAAGUGACACAGCUUAGUAACAACUCUCACGAAGGAUCUGUAUCGAGCCCAAAUUCUGACGGUCUGAUUUCCCGAUUAGGAGAAAUACCUUUUGUACGGGGGGCAAUGACUGCCUAUGAACAGGACACUUUGAUGGGGGGUGAUACCGAAAAUGAGUCUCGCAAAAGAAAGGUGCGAGGUGAACCCGCGAGAGAUUCUUCGCCUUCCUACAGAACCCCCCCAUCACGAACACAUAGAACUUCACAAUCAAAUGGUUCACAAAAUAUGCUUGUUGGAGCCGGUGCUGCUGUCGGAACUGCUCGCGCCGUUGUAAGCGAGGAGUCGAUGAAAAGCCUUCGAUACUGCCUACAAUGGUUACAAGUGAGUAUUAUACUUAUUGAAAUUUACGACACGGUUUAUACUACUGGUUCAAAACAUCAAAUUGCAAUAUUACGAGAUCUCAUUGUAAAGCUCACAACUCCCUCGUCGAAUAAUGCCGUGAUACACUCGAAUGCCACAUCGACUCUGUCAGCGAUUAAGAAGGAGAUUGUCGAAAAUCUGAGAAAGGUUAUAGAUGUGGUUUCCAGAUAUGCCAGUAAAUGUCUACCCGAGCAGGCUAAACAAAAUGUCAGGAGUUUCAUCCUAAGUUUACCCACUCGUUGGGCUUCCAUCAACCAUAGCGACAUUUCCGCCUCCCCACUAUCGUCUCCGCAGUUGGAUCCCAUCAACGCUCAUCAAAAUCACCAGACUGCCGAUUACGCGCGUCGUUUGCUUAGCCUGGCAACCGAGUCCCUGGAUAUGCUUCGUAGAGUUGGAGGCAUUUUUGGUGAUACAGUAGAACGCGCCGAAGCUUGGGUUGAACGUCUAAGGUCCAUACCACCUGUGGGCUGUUUUCGUCCUCGCAAGUCAUCCAACUCCAGUCGCAUGAGUAAUCGCAAGUACAAUAAUCGCUUCUAUGUCGAAGACGACGAUGAAUCAAUUAAUAAUUAUGACUCGGAUGAUUCAGAUGAUUCGGAGGUUGAGAAUAAGCGAAUGGAGGACAAUCGUUCACACCGUUCUCCAAAGAACUCAAAUUCCAUAAAAUCACCGCCACCGCACAAUGGAUUGAAUAGUGGCAAAAAGAGAAAGAAGGUUGAAAAAAAAGAUGAUGGAAUGGAUCUCACUGAACCUUUCUAG